UCAUCACGACUGAGAGAACUACAUACUCCUACUACUAUAACCACUACUGAGACUACUAUCACUACGACUGAAACUACCACUACUCCGACGACUACUAUGACCACUCCAAUAAUAACUACCACAACUCCCACCCAGACUACCACUACUCUUGCAACUGCAACGACUCCCGCAACCAACCAGUGGCUGUGCACGGACAGCAGCUCUGUCGACUGCACUGUACCCGGCCUCUGCGAUAUAAACUUCGGCAACGUGUACUGCCCUCGAACCUGCAAUAGCUGCGAAAGUGCAGAAACGACCACACCGUCCCCCAUUUGUGAGGACAACCUCAUCGACAUGGUGUUCAAAUGCACAAAUCUUCCAGACAUCUGCAUCCCAAUGAACGCAACACUAGUGCUGUGCCCGCCACCUGUCGGUUAUUGCAAUUGA